UCAGCCUCCACUGCAGAAAAGUAAAGUGCUAGUAGCUAGCAACCCAAUCCGAUCCAAAUUAAAGUAGCACUAGCUAGUAGCUAGCUCAUGCUCCGAUCCGGCCGGCUGCAGCCAUAUAAAAACGGCAGGCAGAGGCAGAGGCAAGCAGCUUAGAUAUACUCCAUCCAGUAAGUAAUUCAUUUCUAGCUACCCAUUCAAAUUAAGUUGCAGUUGCAGUAUUCUCUCCUCUUCGUCGUGAGGCUACCCAGCAGGUUCUGUUUCUGAUGGUGGUGGCGAGAGGAGCACGGCAGCCGGAGGAGGCUAGCCGCGCGGCGGCGGCAGAAGCAGCGGCAGCUCUGAAGAAAGGGAAGCAGCAGGAGGUUGCAGGUGGUGGCGUUCGGAAGGGCCCGUGGACGGAGCAGGAGGACGUGCAACUGGUAUGGUUCGUGCGGCUGUUGGGCGAACGCCGCUGGGAUUUCUUAGCAAAGGUGUCAGGCCUCAACCGGACGGGGAAGAGCUGCCGGCUGCGGUGGGUGAACUACCUGCACCCAGGACUAAAGCGAGGCCGCAUGACCCCUGAAGAGGAGCGGCUCGUCCUCCACCUCCACGCCAAGUGGGGCAACAGGUGGUCGCAGAUCGCCAAGAGUAUGCCGGGCCGCACCGACAACGAGAUCAAGAACUACUGGCGGACGCACAUGCGCAAGCAGGCGCAACAGGCCAAGGCGCGCGCCGGCUCCACCUCCUCCUCCACCACCACCACCACGGCCUGCUCCAUGUCGCCGUCGCCCACGUCGAGCUCAUCGUCAUCCAACAACCAGGUGCUCCAGGCGGUGACGCGAGCUAGUAGCCAAGAAGAGGAGGAGGAAGAUGCAGGAACAGCGGUGAGCCAGAACCUGUACACCAGCUGCAUGGACUACCUCUGGAACGACGAGGACAUCGCCGCCGCCAGCUGCUGCUUCGUGGGCGGCUGCAGCGCGGCGGCGCCCCUUCCGGCUUCGCCGGUGUGGGACUACUUCUCGGAUUCUCUCUGGGGAAUGGAAGACUGCGAAGACGAGUACAAAAAGAUGCUCGAUGCCUCCUGAUUCUAUCAAUCGAUCUUUUCAAUUAUAUUUGCACCAGUCGCGUCGUCGCGUGUACCUGCAACUUGCACGCAUCUCUAAUACAAUAUGAAACUUGUAAUAUAAGAGCCCUUAGCUUGUAUAUAUGUACGUAGCUAGGUAUAUAUGUAUGGUACAAUAACCGCUACAUAUAUACAGCUGUAUGCAUGUGCCAUUGCUCUCUAAUGUAUAUGUAGCACUGAGAUUAUUACGAUGAUCAGCUACAUGCAUGUUUUCACCACAAUGUAUAUAUUCAUUUCUCUA